GUUGAAACAAAAUACUGCCACCAAAAAUAUUAAACAAAGGAGUGUUCGUUUUGAUUGUAAUUCAAAUUAUUAGCUCCGGUUAUUUUACAAAUAAAAUGCUAAUUUAUUACACUUUUAACUUAAAUUGCGCCAAGUUUAUGUUGGAAUAUUAAUACAAAAUGAAAUUGGUUUUAUGUGUAGCAUUGUAUUUUGUCAUUUCUAAUGUUGUUUCAUCAAAUGUAGAUUCAAAUAUACAUUUAUUCAACGAAAAGCUUGAAGAGGUUAUAAACCUGAUGUUAGACAAAGAAAAUAAUCAAAUCAUUUUUAGUACAUUAAAUAUUUUGUAUGCUGUCUCCUUAGACCUUAAAAUAAUUAAGAAGCAAUCUAUGCCAAAUGACCCAGAUCCUUUAAAAACUGAUAGAGUAACUUCAAUGAUAUCUGAUUCAAACCUCUUGAUCACUUGUGCAUCUAAUAAAUAUUAUAGCCGAUGUUGGAGAUUUAAUAAAUUUAAUUUAACAUUGGAUUCUGCAUGGUCAGAUUAUGGAGAAAAACUUGCACCUGCAUACAAGUCAGGGGAAUUAAACAAAAUGAUAUUGACAAAACCAUUUAUUUUCUCAACUGGUAUGCACAGUGCAUCUUCUGCAAUAUCUAAGUUUAAAUAUCCUGAUGUUGAUGACAGUGACACAGCUCGUAUAAAAACAGUACCAUCACAAAUUUCAGAUGGUACUACAUUCAUAUCUACUUAUGAGUUUGAUGAUUCACAAUAUAUAUACUUUUUUUUCAAGGAAGUAAUGAAGCUUGAUUCAAGAGAAAUAUACAUGUCAAAUGUAGCCAGAAUUUGCAAGUAUGAUGAAGGAGGACCAAUUACUUCAUCUGCUAGUGCACAAUUUGUAACCUUUUUGAAAAGUAGACUUGUCUGUAAAAAGGAAGUUUUGAAUGGGAAUAAAAAAGUUACCUUUUAUUAUGAUCAGCUAGCUUUUUCUUAUGAAGUUACUUUAACAAGCAUUGAUAAUAAAUCUGAGAAAUAUAUAUAUGCCAUAUUUACAGAGUCACGUGAAACUGGCACCAUUUCUGCGUUUUGUCGUUACCAAGUAACAGAAAUUGUUAAAACUUUUACCACUAGUUCAUUAAAAGACAAAUCUGGGUAUAAAGAAGAAAUGAAACCUUUAAGAAGUGAACUCUCUAGAGGAAAGUGUAAAUCUAACUUGGAUGUACCGCAAGAUAGUGAAUUUUUACAUAAAACAGCUAAUGGAGACUUAUACGAUCAAGUUGAAAGUCUCUCAUUUUUUUCAUUAAAUAAUGUUAGCUUAACAACUAUGGUUAUUGGAGUAGAUAAAAGUUCUCACUAUAUUUUGGCAGGAGCUGAAAAUGGUAAUGUUUACAAAAUCAAUGUUAAUAAUAACGAAGUCUCUCUUUCUCCAGCUAUUGUCAAUCCAUUUGAUUCUUCAAAAAGUAUUCUAUCUCUUAUUUUGCUCAAUAACACUCUUUAUGUUGGAGGUGUCAGUGGAUUUGCUAUGUUUGAUAUAUCACUAUUUGAAAAAGCUUUUACAGAAAGUUAUCCUGCAACUACUAGUUCUACUACUCUACCGACCACCACAACCACGACUACAGCUAGCGAAUCAACCUCCAGUGAAGAAGGUAAUAAAGCUACUACUACUACUCGAAGUAAUCCGACACCUGAAAGUAACACACCUUUGCCAACCACAACAACUACAGUUGGUUUGACAAAUACUAAAGAUGUUACUGCUGUUUCUGGAACUGGUGAAAAUCAAAAAAAAAGUUUUUUCAGCGCGUUUGUAUUAAUGCUUGUGUUGUUUAUAAUUGCAUUGUUUACCAUUAUAAUGCUGCUUAUAGUUGCUUGGAGUUACAGACGAAAACGGAAACAUGGUGUUUCCGACCUUGAUGGUGCAAAUGGUUCGUUACCUAAAUACUCUCUACGUUUCCAUUAUAACAAAAAAUCUAAAAGAAAUAACGAUUCUACCAACACAGGACUUUUAAAAAAUUCCUCAGUAACUGAUGACGACUACAAACAUUCGUUAACAGUUGACGAAAGUAAAGUUGGUAACAAUGUAACGAACAAAUCAGCAUGACGUUGGCUACAAUAUUGCGUCAUAUUAGCUUUACAAGUUAUCUAGUGACUACAGUAUUGCGUCAUUGUUUUAGCUUUACAUCUAGUGACCGUUAUAUAGCGAUUUUUAACUCAUUGUGUUAAAUUUUAUUUUUAAUGGGUCACACGAGGCGUAAUUGACUAGCUCAGUGCUGAGAAUUUCUUCGUCUAGCUUGUGUUUUUAUUAAUACACUAAUACGCUUAUAAAAGCGUAUGUUUACAAAAGCGUAUGUUUGCAAAAACAUAUGUUUACGAAAACUUAUGUUUAUAUUUUUUAACUCUAUUUUUAUUUUUUUUAAUAUUACACAGAUCGCCUAAAACCGCGUUCAGCAUAAAUAUUUACAUAAUCUUCAGCGCUUUACUACCCUUCGGCUUACAAGUCUUCCUUACAAUUUUUGCUUGGUCAAGCUUACAAACUCAAUGUUAAACACUUCGUGGUAUCUGUUGACAAGAUGGUUGGAAUUGACUUUAAGUUGUGCAUUCGAUGGUUCUCGCGCCACACAACGCAUAUAUUGAAAAAAUAACCUACUAAAAAACUAAAACAGUUUUUAAAAUUAUUUGUAGAAAAGUAGAUAAGUUGUAAAUAUUAUUUCAUCUUUAAUAUUUUUUACUUUUAUUUAUGCGUAAGAAUAUUGAUCAAAAUGUUAUCGAUCUAGAAUCGAUUAAAACAAA